AAAAACACUUGCUAACCCAGCUUGUUCGUUGUUGUUUCUGUAAUUUCGUAUUAAUUACGAAAAAGAGAAUUACAUUUUACUUACUCUAAUAAAAUGUGAGUGAAUUCAUCCUCAAAAGUCUUUGUAAACUACAAUACUGAAAAUGUCGUCAGACGCGGCAGAAUCGUACAAGAAAUCCAAGGAUUCAGAUGCUGGUUCCAACAAUGCUCAUAACAAUCAAUCGGAAUCUCAAAAGCCGGGGGAUAAUGCGGAAAGAAAUAAAUCGAAUAAAAACUCGAACGAAUCUCAGGGAAAUUGUUACUGCGGGAAAGAUAGAAAUCUGAACAUAGCGGAGUUGCUGUGUGCUUCUUGCAAUCGAUGGUUUCACGAGUCAUGCAUUGGUUACCAACUUGGAAAGUUGGUACCAUUCAUGACAAACUAUUUGUUUAUUUGCAAGAAUUGCUCUCCAACUGGACUUGAGACUUUCAAGAAGAACCAGGCUCCGUUUCCUCAGAUGUGUCUGACAGCCAUCGCUAACUUACGGCAGGAGACUGUGAAGGACGGCAGCAACAGAGUUCUGUUUAGCAAGGAUCGGGAGAUUAUACCAUACAUUGAUCAGUAUUGGGAAGCUAUGACUACUAUGCCGAGAAGAGUAACACAAUCGUGGUACGCAACAGUGCAGCGAGCAUUAAUAAAGGACAUCCAAGUGUUGUUUACUUAUGAGGAGGACGCUAAUCAGGGCCCAAUGUUUGGUCUGUACAAUAUGGAGCUCACAGCUAUCAAGCCUAACUAUGAGGCUAUGAUUAAGCAGGGCCAGCUUAAAGUUACUGAUAUGGGGAUAGCUACCAUCCCAUUAGCCGGCAACGUAAAGGGCAGGCAAGGCAAGCGGCGGCCGGCAGUGGGCGGCGCGGCCGACGCCGGCGCGCCGCUCGGCAAGAAGGGCCGCGCCGCAGACCUCGGCGCCCUCAAGCUGCCCUCGCACGGCUACCCCACGGAACAUCCCUUCAAUAAGGACGGAUACCGGUAUAUAUUGGCUGAACCUGAUCCUCACGCGCCUUUUCGACAGGAGUUCGAUGAAAGCAACGAAUGGAGUGGCAAGCCGAUCCCGGGUUGGUUAUACCGGUCCUUAUGUCCCGGCAUAGUGCUGCUAGCUCUACACGACAGAGCUCCUCAACUCAAGAUAUCGGAAGACCGGUUGGCGGUUACCGGGGAUAAAGGGUAUUGCAUGGUGCGGGCUACUCAUGGUGUGUGUCGCGGCAGCUGGUACUGGGAGGCAUGCGUUGAGGAACUACCGGAAGGUGCAGCAGCUCGGCUGGGCUGGGCGAGGAGAGUGGCCAACCUGCAGGCGCCGCUCGGCUACGACAAGUUCGGCUACAGCUGGCGCAGUCGGAAGGGGACCAGGUUCCACGAGUCUAAAGGCAAGCACUACAGCAACGGUUACGGCGAGGGCGACACAUUAGGCUUUCUCGUAGUGUUGCCUGAAAGCGCCACAACUAAGUAUACACCUAAUACGUAUAAAGAUAGGCCACUAGUAAAAUUCAAGAGCCACCUCUACUAUGAAGAUAAGGACAAUAUACAAGAAUCUCUUAACAAUCUCAAACCUCUACCGGGAAGUAAGAUAUACUUCUUCAAGAACGGCGAGUGUCAGGGCGAGGCGUUUGUAGACAUUUACGAAGGCUGCUACUAUCCUACCGUGUCUUUACAUAAGAACAUCACUGUUAGUGUUAACUUUGGGCCUAACUUCAAGUAUCCGCCGUCUGCCGAAUAUAAGUAUAGACCGAUGUCAGAGAAAGCAGAAGAAGCGAUUUGUGAACAAACCAUGGCAGAUUUACUCUACUUAACAGAAAACGAGGGCAAGUUACGGCUAGACAACUUUAACCUCUGAUACAACUAACACCGUUCUCUAAGCGGUGUGAAAUGUAUGAAUGGAUCGAGUGCAGUGUACCAAGUAUUUGCAUCAGUGAUCAAAGACUAUUUGAAAACUCUGUACAACAGUGGACUGUGAAAAACUACAGGAAACAAUAUUAAAUAUAUAAUAAUCAAGAUUAUAUAAAUAGCAAUGUCAAAAGCUAAUUAGCUUUUUUAACGUUAAAUAAUCAGUGUAAAUUCUAUGUCUACUAAAUAGUAUAUUCAAUCUCAAAAAUGUAAAUCAAGUUUUUAACAAUUUGGAACUUAAAUAAAUGUAAAAAUUGUGAAGUAAUUAUGUAUAUCUGUAAUCAUCAAAUGUAUAAUAUGACAUGAAUAUAAUCAGAUUUCUGUAAAAUAUCAAAAUGGAUCCACUUGCCAGGUUUGGUGAUAGUAAAACUACUGUUAAAGAGACAGCUCAUGACAGCUUACACUACUUAUACUAGGGAAAUAACUAUGUGUGGGCUGACAUCAACACUGCAACUCAAACUCAAAAACGUUUAUUCAAAUUAGGCUGACAAAUCAGCAUUUUUCGAAUAUCAAAAACAAAAGACAGUAUCCAAAACGCCCACCCUUCACCACUUCCUAUGUGUUUUUUCUGGGAAGAAGUGGCGCAACAAACUCCCCAGCAACACAUGUCUGUCUAUUAGGUUGGAAGAAGCAGAAUUUUGAACAAGUCAAAUAACAAUAUCAUUACCACAUAAUAAGUAUUAUAUAAAAUUAAAAGAAAACAAACUUAACAAGAAAGUUAGCAAGGCGCGGCUCGCGACAUUCGCAUAUCUUGGAAAUAUCUUCGUAUGUUACCUUGAUACUAUUGUCGAAGUGGCCGCGCGACGCCUCACUCCGAACGGUAGCCGAGCGCAUUUGCUGUAGAACUACCAAUUUUCUGGCAAAACAGAAUUAUUACUGAGAUAUUACAAUUGUAUAAAAUAAAUCUAUCAAAGUGCAUGCUGUACAGUUUUCAAAUAUCAUUGUUGUUCAUUGAAUUGUGUGUAGAAUUGAGAAUAUGAAUCUUCAUAGUGUUAAGGUAAGAAUACAUUAUUGUAUAAUGAGUAUUAUGAGAAUGAUUUGUGUAUUACAUAUUGUUCUGCUGAAAGAGAAAGUCCAACUAGAUUGUUAAGAUGUGGUGUAAGAAUAAAGCUUUUAUUGAAAAUUCA